UGUGAGAGGUGGGCUGACCUGUGUGACUCGCUGUCGGACUCAAGUCACUUUUUACUGCCACCUUCGAGUAACAAUGUCGCAUGCUGGUGCACAGAAGAGCAGUUCUCUGACAUUGGUGCUCAUGGUUGCUUCUGCAGCCAUUGGAGGUACUCUUCAAUAUGGCUACAACCUGGCUAUAAUGAAUUCUCCCACAGCUUUUAUCCAAACCUUUGUCAAUGAGACGUUCCUGGAGCGCUGGGACAUUCAGUUGGAGGACUACCAGGUGACUCUGGUCUGGACAAUGAUUGUCUCCAUCUUCUCAUUGGGGGGCUUUGCAGGGGCAAUUAUCGCAGGACCCAUGACCAUACGCUUUGGGAGGAAGAAAUGCCUGCUGUUGAACAACAUUUUCCUCAUGACUGGUGCACUCUUAGCUGUGACGAGCAGAGCUGCCAAGUCUUUUGAGAUGAUAAUUAUUUCACGUGUUCUGGUUGGAAUAAACGCAGGGAUCAGCAUGAAUGUGCAACCUAUGUAUUUUGGAGAAAGUGCACCAAAGCACUUAAGGGGGGCUAUCUCCUUGUCAUCAGCUGUUUUCACAGCAUUUGGUGUUGUGUUAGGACAGGUGGUUGGACUCAGAGAGAUUUUGGGCAGUGAGCCAUGUUGGCAGUAUCUUCUUGCCAGUAAUGCCAUUCCUGGCUUCAUUCAGCUCCUCACCCUGCCGUGGUUCCCAGAGAGCCCCCGAUACCUGCUCAUCGACAGGGGGGACAAGGAGGCUUGUAUUAACGCUUUGAGGCGGCUGCGCGGCUGUGAGGUCCAGAACAGCGAGCUCGAUGAGAUUCUGCAGGAACAGGUUCAAACCAAAGGCAUGAGGCCCAGCCGACCCUGGGAACUUUUUACUGAUCGCUCGGUGCGCUGGCAGCUCAUCUCUGUCAUGGUCAUCAGCAGCGCCAUGCAGCUCUGUGGUAACGACUCAAUUUACUUUUAUGCAUCAUAUGUAUUCAAGGAGGCUGGAGUAUCUGAUGAUAAAAUCCAAUAUAUCACAAUUGGCACGGGUACAUGUGAAUUCACAGCCUGUAUAAUGUGUAACCUGCUGAUAGAGCGCAAAGGUCGGAGGUUCAUGCUGAUGGGAGGGUUCAUCCUCAUGACUGUCUGGGCAGUUGUCUUUACUAUUGCUCUGUUGCUUGAGCACUAUGUAUCCUGGAUGCCGUACCUGAGCAUGACAUGUAUCUUCACCUACAUCCUCAGCUUCGGCAUGGGACCAGCUGGAGUGACCGGCGUUCUGCCCACAGAGAUCUUCAAUCAGACAGCUCGACCGGCAGCGUACAUGAUCGCCGGUUCCAUGAUGUGGCUCAACCUUUUCAUCACUGGAAUGAUCUUCCCUUUUCUGGUGAGCGAGUUGAGUGAGUACUGCUUUGUGCCUUUCGGAGCCAUCUGCCUGUUGUCUGCGCUAUAUGUCGGCCUUGUUCUGCCUGAGACCAAGGGGAAGUCUCUGUCGGCCAUCACAAGUGAAUUUCACAAGCUCAACUUCAAAGGCCAGGACGAAAAAUCUGCAUCGCAAACUCAAGCUCAGUAUAAACUGGGUGAAGUGUGUCUUUCCACGUCCUUGUAGACAGACAUUUGCUCCUAAAACACACCACAUCCACCGGACGCCUCACUUUGACUUGAUCUGCUUGAGCUGGAAGAAGUCAUGCACAGUCUGACAGGGAUGGAGGAAUGUUCACUCUCUUUAUCCCCAAAAGCAACUUAGAUCUACUAUAACUCCUUUAUCUGGAGUGUGUUUUAUAUGAAGAGAAUUUAUAUUAACUAUAGAAUUAUCUUUGACAUCUUCACAUUUAUACUGCACACUUCUGUUUUGCUACUCUGUGUCACUGAUUGAUAUGAGACAAAAGUAAUUAAAGCUACUGUAUAUUGAGCUGACUUUGGCCGAAAAGAAGUCCUCUGCUAUAUAGGAAGUCAUGUGUUUUAUGUUAUCGGAUGCAGCAACAGCGGUUGCUGUGUGGCAGAUCGUGCACCAUAUCAAAGAGAAUGUAUUUAGACAGAAACAAAGAUGUGAAUAUAAACUGUAUACAUCAUUCAUAAAAAACUAGGUGUCAUGAUGUUGAGCAUUCAUGCUUUUAGUAUUGACUGAAAUCUGUUGUUUUUACAUGAAUGGAAUAUGUGCCAUUGUCUAUGUUUUAAUAUUUCUUUUCAUCCCUCUUGUUUAAACUCUGAGCUAAUAAAAGUAUCUUAUAUCACUGUA